AUGUGGUACGGUGUAUCAACUUUUACAACAACAGUAAUAAUUUUAAUUAUAAGUAAAAGUAUUCAAGGAACAGAUUGGAAUGAUUAUGGUGAAGCAUCGUCAAAUGUUAAUACAGCAUUUGAUGAUGAUUCUGAUCAAUAUUUAAGUGCAUUAACACGUGAUCAAGAACAAGAAAUACAUAGUCCAUUUAUAACCGGUUACAAAUAUGUGUCAGGUGGAGCUGGUGAAGGCCGGCAACAUUUGAGUCCUAGUGGACAAAUACCAAAUCAUCCUGAAGUUAAAACUGACGAAGAAUUACCAUCCUAUUGCAAUCCACCUAAUCCAUGUCCAUUAGGUUUUGAAGCUGAUGAUUGUGACGCAUCACCGAUGACAAAAUUUAAUGGUGAAUAUAGUCGAUUAUAUCAAACUGAACAAGAUUGUCAAUGUGACAAUGAUCAUGAUGAAUGUUUUCUGAAUCGUAUCGUAUAUGAUGUUCCACUUAAUGGUGCAUCAAAAGAUGUUUUAAAACGUGCCCGACGAGUUCGACGAAACUUAAAUCUUAAACAGAAAAGUGAAAAUGCUACAAAACCUCAUUAUUCUCGUCCUCCCUAUCAUAAAGGACAAACAUUACGAUUUCAUGUUGCUAAAAAAUCUCCAAUUCAUAUGACGUCUUAA